AUGGAUGAAGAGACUAAAGUGAACCAUUACAUGGUGGUAGAGAAGCUGCCAAAAGAGCUGGAGACGACUCGACGCCACAUGGAGAAUUUACGUCUCGUAUCUUCACAACCGGCAAUGGGACAAUCCUUUAUCGAUAAUCUAAACCAAAAG